GGCGGAGCCACGGAGCACUUAUUUUAACUCUUGUACUCGCUUUGGUGUUUUGUUUCCUUCAAUUUCCUUCUAGGUUUUCCUUAGAAACAAACAGAAUAAUCUCCACACACACGAAAAAUAAAAUAAAUAAAUAAAAUAUUUCGACUAAUUAUAAUUAACACAUAUUCAUUUAACAAACAAAUUCGAAACCUAACUCCUUUGCCCUCCAUUUUUAAACCGAAGGGAAGAAUCUUUCUCACCAAAGUUUUCGUUUGCUUUUUUAUUUUUUUUUUAAAUUAAAAAAAAAUGCUUAGAGAAUUUUGAAGCGUGAAAAUUUUUGUGGGAAUAAACGAUGAGGGAUUCUUCAUUAUGGGCCGAAGAUUUGAAUGCGCCAUCGACUUCCAGCUCUCGAAGGCCCAGCAAUGUCUUUCAAUUAUUGGCACGGAGGGAAGUUUCUCCACGAACAAAACGGUCAUCAAGAAAGCUAUGGGGAGAAGAGCCAAAGAGCCGUCAUGAUUCCUUUGGGUCAACGUGUCAAGCAGCAAGAGAUGCUAGACGUGAUCUUCUUUCCUGGGUAGAGGCAGAGUCAUUGCGGCAUUUUUCAGCAAAAUACUGCCCAUUGUUGCCUCCUCCAAGGUCUACUAUUGCUGCAGCUUUCAGUCCUGAUGGAAACACGCUUGCUUCUACACAUGGAGAUCAUACUGUUAAGAUUAUUGAUUGCCAGACUGGAAGCUGCUUGAAGGUAUUGACUGGUCAUCGGAGAACACCUUGGGUGGUUAGAUUCCAUCCACUGUAUCCAGAGAUCCUUGCAAGUGGAAGUUUGGAUCAUGAAGUUCGCUUGUGGAAUGCAAAUACUGCUGAGUGUAUAGGAUCACGCGAUUUCUACCGUCCUAUUGCUUCUAUUGCUUUCCAUGCCCAAGGAGAAGUUCUUGCAGUUGCUUCAGGGCAUAAGCUAUAUAUAUGGCAUUACAACAGGAGAGGAGAGACAUCAUCUCCAGCAAUUAUACUGAAGACACGACGUUCACUUCGAGCUGUACAUUUUCAUCCAUAUGCAGCUCCUUUUCUUUUGACUGCUGAGGUCAACGACCUUGACUCAUCUGAUUCAUCGAUGACAGUUGCAACUUCCCCCGGUUACUUGCGUUAUCCUCCUCCCACUGUAUAUUUGGCAGAUGCUCAUUCUAGUGAUCGUUCUAAUUUGGCAAAUGAACUUCCUCUCGUGUCUUUACCUUUAUUGAUAUGGCCUUCAUUUGCUAGAGAUAAUGGGAGAACAUCUUUGCAGCAUACUGAUGGCGACAUUGGUUCAAAUGGUGUGCAUCAGAGAGGUGAUCAAUCUGCCUCAGUACGGCUUCUGACCUAUUCAACUCCAACUGGGCAGUAUGAACUUCUGUUGUCUCCUAUUGAACCAAAUAACUCUUCUCCGUUGCCAGAAGAAACAGGAGCCAAUCCUUUGCCAAGUGAGAUGGAAACUGACGGUUCUCAUUCUGCAAUGGAGCCCAUGGAGACAAUGGAGGUGCAGUCAGUGGAGAGAAGUAAUCAGUUUUUCCCUUUUGGUGAUCCAACCUCGUGGGAGCUACCUUUCUUGCAAGGAUGGUUAAUUGGUCAGACCCAAGCUGGCCAGCGCAAUAUGCGUUUGGCUACUAGUGCUGGCCAUGAAAAUUUGCUUCCAGCUGGUGAAACGGGAAAUUCUGCUUCAGUAGUUUCUUCAGGUAUGCCCACCAGCGUUAGUCAAUCAAGAGUUGCUGGAAGAUCAAGUUUGCGGCAUCGUUCUUCACGUUCUCGCAUGAUGUCUUCAAGCGGAUCUGGUGAAGCUGGUUAUAGCAACAUCAUGCAUGAUGGUAGUGAUCCUCAACCUGCUGUAAACAGAAUUCAAUCUGAACUUGCUACAUCUCUAGCUGCGGCGGCAGAACUACCUUGCACUGUGAAACUUAGAAUAUGGCCACAUGACAUGAAAGAUCCUUGUGCUUUCCUUGAUCCAGAGAAAUGUCGCUUGACCAUUCCUCAUGCUGUGCUUUGUAGUGAAAUGGGUGCGCAUUUUUCACCUUGUGGGAGAUUUUUAGCAGCCUGUGUUGCCUGUGUGCUCCCUCAUUUGGAAGCUGAUCCUGGUGUACAAAGCCAGCUUAAUCCUGAUGUAACAGGAGCUUCAACAUCCCCCACACGACACCCAAUUUCAGCUCACCGAGUUAUGUACGAGCUUCGAAUAUAUUCCCUUGAGGAGGCAACAUUUGGACUGGUACUUGCUUCACGGGCAAUAAGAGCUGCUCACUGCCUAACAUCUAUUCAGUUUUCACCCACGUCAGAGCAUAUAUUACUUGCCUAUGGUCGUCGCCACAGCUCACUUCUCAAAAGUGUGGUGAUUGAUGGAGAGACCACAGUGCCCAUUUACACCAUUCUGGAGGUUUACAGAGUUUCUGAUAUGGAACUUGUGAGAGUUCUUCCAAGUGCAGAAGAUGAGGUAAAUGUGGCUUGCUUUCAUCCUUCUGUUGGAGGUGGCCUUGUAUAUGGAACAAAGGAAGGAAAGCUAAGGAUUCUCCAAUAUGAUAGUUCUAAUGGUAUAAAUCAUAACUCAUCCAGUUUUAUAGAUGAAAAUAUGCUCGAGGUAGGAGGCCCAAGUUUGCAGGUCCCAACAUAUGCUUUAGAAUGCUAGUGACCAAUAAAGCCUAUACAAUUGACUUGCAGCUCGGCUUAGAUGGAUGACAUCACAGCAUUCGUACUGCAAACUUUUUUGCGAACGAGUUAUGGCCAUGAACUGCACACACCCUCGGUCCCUUUGUAAAGUUUACCAGCUGGUAGUUAGAUGGAAACACUAUCUUGUAUUUUCUAUAUGUUAUUUCUUAGAAACAUUGUUUACGUGGUAGAAAUUGAUCUAACUUGAGCAAGGUGAAUAGAGUUAAGAAUGGCGGUGUUGUAUCUGCCUGUUCAGGUUUAAAAAUGGAAAUGCUUUGGGUUUGUUUGAGGGCAUGAUGUUUAUUGACACACAAGAUUUGGCGAAAUAUAAUUUAGCUUCUAGAAUUUGUA